AUGGCGGGAGGUAUCGACACCGAAAUCAAAUAUCCAACUACGCGCUCGAAGACGGUGAGGCCUGCGGAAAGAAAGAAUGUAGCGCCCAAGACGAUGCCGAAGAAACUUCCUUGGCUAGAUGGCAAAUCCUCACACCUGUUCGCUGCUUCGCCAGACAGCGUUCUACAGACAGAUACUCCGUCGUCCACCACAUAUUCGCCUAGUCGCAAACGCCCCAUUCCAACAAUACCAAAACGUACUACUACAACCUCCUUCAAAGCAGACCCGACUGUUCGCCCUGGCGGCACGAUACCUGCCCUGCGUAGAAAAUCGUUGAUCAGCCCAACCGAGCGCAAUGCUGUGUCAAUAAGUAACAGUAGUCCAUCGCCUGUUACGAGGCAUCGAAUAUCCCAGAUACGACGGGAAUCUCUCGCACGGAAGGCAGCGAAGCCUUCGAAAGCUCGAGAGCCACAGAAGAGACUCUCGAUCGUACACUACGCCGAGGAAGAGCCUGAGAAAAGCGUCCCUGGCAGGUUUCGUCCUCGCGCAGACAGUCUUGCGCCAGUGCCAGAUCACCUCCAGCGAUCGAUCACGCCUGAAUCGAUCCGUAUACCUCUGCAACGCCAUGUGGUAAUGACACCCGAGGUUGUCUCGAGGGUUCAGGUGUCUCCAACGCAACCAGUCCCGGGUCGUAGUGUCUUUGAGAGGGCAGGAAACAGGAAAAUCAGCAAUGCCAUUGAGGGAUUGGAAGACAUGGUGCAAGAAGCCGUUGACAUUGCACAAGAUACUACAGACCGAGGUCAGGUGGAGGAAAUCUACGAGAUCAUCGAAGACGCAAGAGAUGCUAUCCAAGAAGCAUCUGGCGAGCCCGCAAGACAUCUUAUGACUACCGUCUCCCCGCUCGCAGCGUCGGAAUCCUCCAGUGAUGAAGGGAUAGUGUCUACGUCUUCAUCGCAAAGCUCAUAUGGCGGAUACCCGAAUGCCUCAAAGUCCAGCAAACGCCCACCUCAUCAGCCAGCUCUAGUCCAAAGAAACACGCCAAAUCAUCCAAUUGGUCUGAAACCUCACGUUGUCCCACACGGCGAUUCAGCAUCUCUCGACUGGGCUUACCCACCCCCCAAGCUUCGAUUCCGAGAAACGUCCACUUCCUCGUCCUCGAGUAGUGAUAGGUCCAAAGAUGGGGGCGGGUCGAAGUUCAGUACGGGAAGCGACUUACUUCUUCCGCCAAAACAAGCCCAACCCGCACGAAGAGAGCAUGUAGAUUUCGUGCUCCGUCCCAUCCACCGAGACGAGUCGCGCGGCCGUUCACGCCGGCGGCUUGUAGGUGAGACUCGCGGCCACAGACACCGACGUCAUAGAAGUUUGGACAAUGGUGACAGAUCACGGCAUCGGAGGGCAAGGUCUUCGAGCUUAGGGCGUGUGGAUAUGUCGUUUGACGACGAGGCUCCUCUUGCCAAAAGCUAUGGUGGCGAACUGCGUGUACGGGAACAAGCUCACCACCAUACUUUUAGUCUGCGACGACACCAUCGCAGACAGCCAAUUGCGAGGAAUUGGUCUACGGGGAAGAAGCGCUUCACUGCGUCGAUUGCGUGUGUCAACACGGCUUUACUGGGCAUCAUCAUUGGUGCUGGCGAAGUUCCGCGCAUCCAGUACUAUCUCGCAGACGAAAGACACCAUGUCAUCUUGGGUAAUGUUGUACUCUAUCUCGGACUCGCUAUAUCGACUUUCAUCGCCUGGCCGCUGCCACUGCUCCACGGACGCAAACCCUACGUCCUAGCAGCUCUGGCUCUUGCCUUGCCCCUACAGUUUCCCCAGGCAAUUGUCGUCAGCGCUAAAAGAUCUCCAACCAACGCGACCUUCCGAACUGGUUUACUAUGCGCUCGUGCCGCAUCAGGCCUCGUCCUCGGCUUCGCCAAUGUAAACUACAUCACCGUGCUCCUCGACCUGUUCGGUGCCUCCCUGCAGAGCACGCACCCGCACCAAGAGUUCGUCGUGGCAAACGACGUGCGCCGGCACGGCGGGGGCAUGGGCAUGUGGCUGGGGAUCUGGUCAUGGUGCUGGAUCGGCUCACUCGCCAUGGGCUUCCAGAUCGGUGCUUCGAUUAUCCAGAACCAUAAUCCAGCAUGGGGGUUCUACGUCGUGACGAUAAUCCUAGCAGGUGCGCUCGUUCUCAAUAUCAUUGCCCCGGAGACACGGCGUGCUGCGUAUCGCAAGUCUGUCACGGAGGUCUACGACAGAGACGAGAAUUACAUCACCCGGCGUGUAUCUCGCGGCGAGAUCAAACUACAUGUUUCUACGGAGGGCCCGUUGUACUGGUUCGAAGAGGUGUGGGCGGGCAUGAAACUCAUGCUCAUGAUGAUGUGCCAGCCCGGUUUCUUCAUCCUAGCCCUAUACCUCGCAUGGAUAUACGCGCAAAUCGUGCUGGUCAUUGUACUCCUCGGCGCGCUCCUCUCUCGCUCCUAUAGGUGGCAGCCACACUUCGUAGGCGCAGGCGUAACAUCCAUUGCCAUCGGUGCGUUUCUCGCCAUCCCCCUGACCAAGGCGGGCAUCUUCUCCCGCGAGCGCAAACGCGCCUUCAGAACAGACAGCAUGACGUUCCAGAAACAAGUGACCUGGUCCUCGCAUCUCGUGCGGCGCGCGCUCUUCACGCUCACCCUGCCGCUCAUGGGCCUCGCAUACACGGUCUCUUCCGCCGGCCGUCCACGACCCUACAUGGUACCCAUCGUAUUCGCCGGCGGCGUAGGCUUCUUCAGCAACCUCGCCAUCGCAGAGUGCCACGGCCUAAUGAUGGAGACAUUCGACACAUGCGACCUGCAGCCCGGCGUCAACACGCGGCACCGCCUCGUCUCAAUGGCAGUCCAAGACCGGCGCCGCCGCACAAACUACUCGUCCUUCCCCCGCGUCACAGCCGGCAUCUUCGCCAGCCAAACACUGGCUUUCCUCGGCGCCGCCAUCGCCACGGAAGUCGGCGGCAUCAUGACGCGCAAUAUCGGCGCUAUGGCGUCCACGGGCGUCACGGCCGGUAUCCUCCUCGGCCUGACGGUUCUGCUCACCGCUGUACUCUGGCGCUUCAGACAGGUCCAGGUCAUUCCCAACCACACGUUUGGCACGCGCAGGGAUACCGCGGCGUGGGAGCAGUUCAAGGACUUGGAGAAGGCGGGGCGCGGGGCGGAUUGGAAGGCGGUGGUUAUUGGGAAUCCGAGCGGCAAGAUGCGCAGGAUGAGUGUGCUUGAGCUGGGGGGGUUGAGUCGCUGGACGGAGAUCCGGAAGCUGAAUUUCUUGAUUAGGGGGGAGGGGGAUGGGGAGGCGAAGAGGUGGGGGGUUUGA